CCUCCCUUUAUGUGCCAAACAAGCUUGUUUUUAAGGAUACUUCCUUUCUUUGCUAUAGUUUUCCUGUGAUGUCUAUAUAAACCAUUGGACAUCCCGAAUAGAAUGCUCAUACAAGCACUACAUAUCCAGCAACCUCACAGCUUAUAAAAAGCCCUUUCUACACUACCUUCAUAUUAAACCACUAUUUCCCACAAAGUUCACAGCAAGAAAUUAAGAUACAACAAACAUCCAUCAUGGCUUGCGUGAAAUCAACUACUGACAAGACUGCGGUCCCCGAAAUUAAUGACAGAGACGCCCUAUACCGAAAGUUCGUACAGCUCUGCGGCUUCCGUACUGAAGCAACUGGCUCUCUCCUCACAAGCUUUGCACAGCUGCUUGUUCGCUCGUAUCCAGUCAACAAAUUCGUGAUAACCCAUCCAUCCGUGACAUUUGAACCGUUCUACUUCUUUUUCUACGGCUCUCUCCAGGCCAAGAGCACUCUGGUGCGUGUAUGUGGCCUAGAUGAUAAGAACCCAACCCUAAUCCCGGCGUCUAUCAAAGGCUGGAGAAGUAAGUAAACAUCGCCCCUGUUCGUACACGAUAACAACCGCUAACUUGAUAUCCUUUAGUUAAGAUGUGGGGUCAAUUUCCCGCUUUGGUUCCCUCGGAAGGCAAUGAGGUGAAGGGCAUGUGCUGGAAGUGCGAGUCCCCGGAAUACGUGGGCUCGCUCCGCAGAUACGAGACCGAUGCCUAUCGUAUGGAGUUCUGUGAGAUCACCACAGACGAGGGUGAAGUGAUUGAGAACGGACGGGUUUUCGUGUCGACGGAACUAGAGGGGGAUCUAAGUGAGGGCAGCUUUGAUCUCAGGUCGUAUAUUUAUCGCCAUUCGUAUAUGUAAGGGCCGUUCAAAGUCCCUGGGAUGAAUAACCCGGCGAAGAAGUUAGCCAUGCUGCAAAGCUGCCUAUAGGAUUGGUUCGUAAUGCGGCUGUAGGAGUAUGUUAUUCCUAGGAUUAAGUAUCAUCUUGUUAUCCACCGGCAGUGCUUUUCGAAUCAUUCUAGGUGGAGCUGGCACCUUAUCAUUAUGUAUCAUUUAGAAGUUAAUUGCACCUAUUACACUAGUUAAUCCAAAGUGAUGAGAGUUUUUAAUACUAAAGGAUUGUUGUUUUAGUAUAAAAAUGAACAAGGGCAUUGUUACGUGAAGUUGCAAGAAGUGUAAGAGGGAUGUACCUAGGUACCUAAGC